AUGACUGACGAGAAAACGUACAUUUCCUACAACAAUGUGCACCAAUUGUGUCAAGAGUCGGCCGAGAAGAUCAAGCUGUUCAAACCUGACCUCAUCAUCGCCAUCGGUGGAGGCGGAUUCAUCCCAGCGAGAAUGUUGCGCUCGUUCUUGAAGGAGCCAGGCGAGCCCAAUGUGCGAGUGAUGGCCAUUAUAUUGUCCUUGUAUGAAGAAAUAGCGAAUGCCGACGGCGUGGAGAAACCAGGCACGCAAGUGGUGAGAACGCAAUGGAUCGACUAUAACCAAUCCAAAGUGGACUUGGUGGGCAAAAACGUGUUGAUUAUUGACGAGGUUGACGAUACGAGGACCACGUUGCACUAUGCCGUCUCGGAAUUGAAAAAAGAUGUCGCGGAACAGGCCAAGGCUCAGGGUGCCGACCCAAACGAUACGAAGUUUGCCAUCUUUGUGUUGCAUGACAAGGAUAAGAAGAAGAAGGCCGAGUUGCCGGAUGAGAUCAUGAAGACUGGCAACUAUUUCGCUGCAAGAACUGUGCCGGAUGUGUGGAUCGCGUACCCUUGGGAAGCAACCGAUAUCGUGUAUCACCAGAAAAAAGCAGAAGAACAAGGCAACGACGUGUUUCUUCCUUCAACAACAAAAGAGUAG